GAGAGGGAGUUGCUGGGCGUGGCCGCUGGGGCUGCAGAGGGCGGCGGGGCGUGCCUCUACUUUGGAGCGGAGCUGAGUCCACGCGGAGAGAGUUCUUGGGGGGAGCCUGCCGGGGCGCUCUAGCUUGGCCCGCACAGGUGUGCCGGGUGCCAUGGUGACGGCGCCGCGCGAGCCCCCUCCUUCUCUGGGCCGGCGGAGGGCGGUGUGGGCUGCGGGCCGCAGAGUCCGGCGGGCAGCCGCGCUGCGCUCCUGCUCUAGCCCCGGAGAGGCCGAGCGGGCAGGCGCUGGGGCCUGCGAGCGCCCCCUGCCCGCCUCCACCCGACCUGGGCCGCGGGGCGCACUGGCAGGGGCACAGGGCAGGGCACCCAGGGCCCUGAGUCACCUCCGUGUUCCUGAUCACCUGAGGGUGCCCGCUGCCUCCCUCCAUCGGAGACUGUCCAGAGUGGGCAGGAGUGAGCAGCAUGGAGGGGGUGCCUCCCAAGUCUCCCAAUGGCAGCUGGCCCCCAAGUCAGAAUGGGAGUAAUGCUGAGGCCACCCCGGCUGCAAACCUCACCUUCUCCUCCUACUACCAACACUCCUCACCGGUAGCAGCCAUGUUCAUCGUGGCCUAUGCGCUCAUCUUCCUCCUCUGCAUGGUGGGCAAUGCCCUGGUCUGCUUCAUUGUGCUCAAGAACCGGCACAUGCGCACUGUCACCAACAUGUUCAUCCUCAACCUGGCUGUCAGCGACCUGCUGGUAGGCAUCUUCUGUAUGCCCACCACCCUCGUGGACAACCUCAUCACUGGGUGGCCCUUCGACAACAUCACAUGCAAGAUGAGCGGCUUGGUGCAAGGCAUGUCCGUGUCAGCUUCCGUUUUCACACUGGUGGCCAUUGCUGUAGAAAGGGGGACCUCCCCCACCCCUGUCUCUCUUCCCCCUACCCACCACAGGUUCCGCUGCAUCGUGCACCCUUUCCGGGAGAAGCUGACCCUGCGGAAAGCGCUGGUCACUAUCGCGGUCAUCUGGGCCCUGGCGCUGCUCAUCAUGUGUCCCUCGGCCAUCACGCUGACCGUGACGCGCGAGGAGUACCACUUCAUGGUGGAUGCUGACAACCGCUCCUACCCGCUCUACUCGUGCUGGGAGGCCUGGCCCGAGAAGGGCAUGCGCAAGGUCUACACCACCGUGCUCUUCGCGCACAUAUACCUGGCGCCGCUGGCGCUCAUCGUGGUCAUGUACGCCCGCAUCGCUCGCAAGCUCUGCAAGGCCGCGGGUCCAGCACGCGACGGCGAGGAGGCCACAACCGAGGGCAGGCGCGCGUCGCAGCGCAAGGCGCGCGUGGUGCACAUGCUGGUCAUGGUGGCGCUGUUCUUCACGCUGUCCUGGCUGCCGCUCUGGACGCUGCUGUUACUCGUCGACUACGUGCAGCUCAGCGAACCGCAGCUGCACCUGCUGUCCGUCUACGCCUUCCCCUUGGCGCACUGGCUGGCCUUCUUCCACAGCAGCGCCAACCCCAUCAUCUACGGCUACUUCAACGAGAACUUCCGCCGCGGCUUCCAGGCCGCCUUCCGCGCGCAGCUCUGCGGGGUGCCCUGCGGCGGGCACCACGCAGCGGCCUAUUCCGAGAGGCCCGCCAGGCUCCUGCGCAGGCGGGUCUUGGUAGAGGUGCAGCCCAGCGACUCGGGCCUGCCCUCCGAGUCGGGCGCCAGCAGCGGGGCUCCCAGGCCUGGUCGCCUCCCACUACGCAACGGGCGGGUGGCCCACCAGGACCUGCCUCGGGAGGGGCCGGGCUGUUCCCAUCUGCCCUCCACCAUGCCAGCCUGGAGCAUCUGAAGUGGUUCUCACUGUGCACGUGACCCCUCCCCAACCACAACUUGGCCUGGAGUUAGAAGAGGGUACCAGGAUGCUUCUUGGUCACAUACAGGCAGAGCGGGGCUCUCUCUCUCAGAGAGAGGCUGAUGUGAGACAGAAAAGAGAACAAAGUUCCCCCAAACCCUUCUGUUUGGUGGGUUUGACAGCCAUCAUCUGGCCGAAUCCUCACAAGGCUUUGUAAAUGGGCUGCUUAUGUUUAAAAAUUUUUCGUACUGAGGAUUGAACCUAAGGCCUUUGCCCUAGGCUGCAUCUUCAGCCCUUUUUGGUCCUUCUAAAGUUUGAGGCAGGGUCUCAUGAAGGAAGUCACUAAGUUUUUGUUUUUUAUCCGUACCAGGGAUCAAACUCAUGACCACACACUUGCAAGGAAGGCGCUUAUGCCACUGAGCUAAACCCCAAGCCUCCAGGAAGUCACUAAGUUUUAAGAGCUGGGCUCAAACUUGGGAUGCCCCUGCUUUAGCCUCCCAGAGUACUGAGAUUACAGGUGUGUGAUACCAGUUUGAAAAUGAGCUUUUGUCUUGGUUACUUUUCUUUCGUUGCUGAGACAAAAUACCUGACACCCAAAAUUAAGGAAGGAAGGAAAGGUUUAUUUAGCUCACAGUUUAUGGAGAGUUCAGACUAAUCAGCUGGCUUCAAAGUAGGGUGGCAAAUCAGGGUGGCAGUGGGGUAACCAAUCAUGGCAGUGAAAGAGAGCAGAAGCAACAAGAGCAAAUGGGGAAGGGUUCAAAGGGAAGACUCAGUUCCUUAAAUCGUAUGUAGGUCACACCCACCUUAGUGUGGGUAUAGCACUCACACAUCCAUUGUCUCAGCAUUGGACCCCGAAUCAGUCACAAAUCCUAGAAGCCUGCUCCCAUGACUGCAUGAGACUUGGGGAGGGGCAUCCAAACACAAAGCAUAACAACCUUCUACAGAUGCAAAAACUAAAACCCCCAAAACAAGAAGUGCCUAGCCCAAAAUCUCUCAGCUGAAGAUUUUGCUUCCCCUGCUAUCUGAAAAUGGUAAUUAGGCAACAGAGAAGCAGUAAGGAACCCUGACUUGUGGCUUGAUGCUGUGAUCCUGUGUCUUGGGAUAGACAUCCCUAUGUGCUGUUGCUGAAGUUGCUCCCCUGACUCUUCCUAGGGGCAUACUCUGUGUGCCGCCUGCUAGCUAUAUAAUAUAUUGGUCUGUGCCAAGAAGUGUUCCUGCCCUCUCUCUCCCAGGACAGUUUGUUCCACUCUAAGCUUUGGGUACAGGGCCUGAAGAAAAUGCAUGACCGUUCUAGUGUCCCAAACACUGUGUCAUUUGAUUCAUACAUGCUGAGCUUGAAGAUGUUAUUAUUGCCAUUGUGACAAGAAACUGAGGCCCCAAAUGGCCAACGUCACAGGACCAUAGAGGGGCAGAAUUUGUAUGAAAACUUCGCUUCUGAUUGUUCUUCCCACACUGCAUCCUGCCUUUCAGGGAAGGUGGGCAUGGCUGGGAAGAAUCCUGGAAAUUUCCAACAUUUUCUGCCUAAGAGUGAAACCAAAAGCUGGAAUUGUGGUAAUCAAACUCUUGGACCAGGAAAUGGAAAUCUAUUGUGUUUCUUCUUGUAAUUUCCAGCCUGAGUUUCCCUGUGUAUGUACUCUUGACCUGAGCAGGCUGCCGAGUUUCCUCAUGACUCUGGCCCACGGGUCUGAGAGGGAUGGACAAGAAUCUCAGGUAGGGUGUGUCACCCUACCCAUGAAUGAACGUGUGUGACCCUCUUCUCUGGUGCUUCAUCAGUGUCCUGUGUCACAAAGGCCUGAGUGUGGCUGGAUGUUUAUUUAAGACUUCUGAGUCUAGCCUCUAAAAAUAGGUGAAAGGACCAUUUCAGACCCCAAAUAUCUGUCCCGGUGGCUAGGAACUGUCUGGGAUUACCCCUGCAUCUCUCUCCUGAGAUGUUUCUUCUCCUUUAGCAGAAAAUCACAAUCUGUACAGGAGGAGGGAACGUGGGAACCAAGGUACUCUGCAAACAAUCUUUCCUCCACAAUCCCCUUGCUUAAUUAACUUUCCAAAGAUGCCAGGCCCAGAUAGGUCAUGACUGCCAUAAACUUGUGUAGGUCACAGUUCAUAGAUUGCUGCUAUAUUUACUUCUUGAAAGAAAAUCACUGGCCAUACCUGCCCAUUUCAAGACAGAUCUAAACGGUAACAGGUAAGACUUGAUGCUAUCAGCAAGUGGUGAGGCCUUGAGGGAACGUGGGGUUGUUUCUUUGUGUAUGUGAGAAUAUACAUGUAACAUAAGCGUUGUUGUGUAACCAUUGCUGCUACCCAUUCCCAGAGCAGUUUUAUCUCAAAAUGCCAUUCUGUGCCUAUUAAAGAGCAGCUUCCCAUUCCCCCUCCUCCCAGCCCCCAAUAACCAUCACGAUGCUUUCCGUCUCUGAAUUUGACUCCUCUCGGUACCUCAAAAAGGUGGAAUAGUAUUUAUCCCUUUGUGACUGUCCUUUCACUCAGCAUAGUGGUCUCAAGGUUUAGCUAUGUGGCAGCCUGCAUCAGAAUUUCCUUCCUUAGGGCUGGGGAUUUAGCUCAGCGGCAUAAGCACCUGCCUUGCGAGCAGCAGUCUUGAGUUCGAUCCCCGGUACUGAUAAAAACGAAAAAGACCAAAAAAAAAAAAAAAAAAAAGAACUUAACAGAAUUUCCUUCCUUGUUUUAAGGCUGAAGAGUAUUCUGUUGCAUACGUAGUCCAUCUUUCGUCUAUUCGUUUGUGCUUCAGUGGGCAUUUGCUUAGUUUCCACCUUUCGGCUACGGUGAACGAUAUGUGGCACUUUUAUGUCAUUCCUGCAAAUAGUGCCUGUGGGAGUCCUGAAGACAGAACCCCAAGAUGUCUCCAACUGGGCACAUGUGGGUGACAGAGGAUCUGAGGACAGCUGUGAUCUGUCUCAUGCUCUGUCUGCCUCAGCUUCUGAGCUUCUUCCUAUUGGGCUUAGAUACUUGACUAGAGCAGCUAAAAAACUGUACUCUCCACCCGCAGGUCACUUUUGUGAAGCUGUUUGUGUAAUUUUAGUUUUAUUAACCUUGCUGGAUUCCUCUGUCCUGAUACCUGGGCCCUAUUGGCUGCCUUGUACAAGCACGGCCCUCAAGGAUAGGCCACAUGGGCCUCUCCCGAUGUGCCACCCUCUGUCUCUGGCUAGGUUGGGUCUCCUAAGGUGACAUCCUCUCAUGGUGGAGAAUUCUGAGAUGAAUUGAAUGUGUGAUGGGGGAAAAGGCGGGUGGCCUGUUGACACUGAGUGUCCCCACCCCAGAGGGACUCUUGGAGGGACUCCGUGUCCUGCGGUGCUGUGUGCAACAAGAGCAACCAUUCUCAUUGUGGGUCUCCACAGAUGAAUGGGCUCUUGACUUCCUCAAGACCGUGCAACACUUGACUGACCAACGUGAGCUGAAGGUGGGGGCCGCCAGGGCCACAAACCACAGUCUGCCCAGCCCCGAGCUGCGGGCUUUCUCCUGGGCCCUGGGCCCUGGAGGAUGCACGAAUUGACUUGGGUUGGAAUGGAGGGCAGAGCUGGCAGAGGAGGGCCAGAGCCCCCUAUCAUUAGUCUACUGUGUAUUCAUUCCAAAUCCAGAGGAGAGCCAAGCCCAGGGCUGCAGGGACAAAGCAUUGCUAUUAAGGUCUGUGCCUUUCUGCAUUCAUUUCCUCAGCUCACCCCUGUGAAGUGCCACUGAGGAAAGAUCGAUGAGCGAGAUGAUCAAAUAGGCUUCGUUACAAGUAACGCAUGUUGCAUCCAAACAGACUCCCUGAUGGGAUUACAUGACCCAGUUACUCAUGGGGUUUUUUAUCUGAGUCCAAAAGCACUACAUAAUCAUUGUGGAAAUUUUACACAACUUAGAUAAGAUGAGAAAAUUAAAAGCACCUAAGUUCCAUCAUAAGAGAUAGUCACUUUCUAUGUGCACAUUUAUUUAAGAUUUCUUGUAACAGCUUUACUAAAGCAAUUUGUGUAUAAACUUCACUCAUCGUAAGUGUAUGGCCAGUAAGUUUUAGCAGUUAUAUACACUGUUUAACCACCACGACUCUAAAGGUAUUUCCACCAUCCCCAAAAGUUCUCUUGGGUCAUUUGUAGUCAAUCCUUUUUCCCUACUCUCUAUCCCAGAAAACCACCAUCUGAUUUCCAAAUACAUGAAAUCAGACAGUAGAGAGUCUUUCGAUUCUGGCUUUUUUUCACUCAGCAGUAUGUUUUUGAGGCUCACUCAUAUUGCAAAAUUAUUCAUUCUUUUUCUUUCUGAGUAGUAUGCCAUUGUAUAUGUGUAUGUAAACACAUUUUGUUUAUCUAUUCAUCAUUGGGGAUGCUCCCAAUUUUAGACUAUUUUGAAUAAUGCUAUGAAUAUAUACUUUCAUGCUAUAUAUAUAUACUUUCAAUUCUCUUAUCUAAGAGUGUGGUUACUGGAUUACAUGGUAAGAAUACAUAAGAAACUGCCAAGUUGUUUUCCAAAGUGAUAAGUCAUUUUGCAUUCUCAUUAGCAGUGAUGAAAGUUCCAGUCCUUGCCAACACUUAGUAAUAUCCAUCUUGAUAACUAGUGAUGCCAGAUAUCAUUUUAUUAUUGGCCAUUCUUAUAACUUUUAUUAUAAAGUGUCUUCAGGUCUAUCUUCUAAAGAAUAAUUAUAUUCCAAGUGUGGUGUCACAUGCCUGUAAUCCCAGCACUCAAGAGACUGAGGCAGGAGGAUUGCUGCAAGACUGAGGCAAUCCUGGGCUACAAAGUGAGUUCAAGGUCAGUUUGAACUGCAUAGUGCAACUCUGUCUAAAAAAAAAAGGUAAAAUAAAUAAAAAUGAUUUAUAUUCUAGGGACUUUAUCACAAAAAUUUACCCUAAAUCUAAGAGGCACCUGUCACUAAUAGAAGAUUUUUAAAACCAUCAAGAAUGGGUUUAACCAAGGAUGGUGUCUUGCAUAUGUCCAGCUACUCAGGAGGCUGAGUCCAGAGCAUCGCAAAAUCAAGGCUGGCCUGCACCAUUAAUGAGACCUUGUCUCAGAAUAAUAAAAUAAAGGGCUGGGGAUAUAGCUCAGUGCUCUCUGUUUCCUGUCCCCAGGGCCAGGAUGGGGGGGGGGUUGGAUUUAAAGCAUGAUAAGAGAGUAAUGUGAUAGAGAUCACAAGGAGAUGACAUUUGAUACAGAUACAAUGAAGGGAGAGGAGUCCUGUACAUAAGCAGGGAAAGAACAAACUGGACAGAGCAUCAUGCACAAAGGCCAUGAGGUAGGAAUGGAAUCAAUGAAAUAGCAAUUACUAUAUACCCAAAUGCUUAAAAAUUUCAAUACUUGUAUUUUUAGUCAACUCAGAACAUUUAUUCAGCACCUGUUAAAAUCCAGGCUGUGGAUUUUGUCUAUUAUUUAUUUCUCACAAUGAACUAUGAGCACCAUGUAGAUAGAAGCUACAUCUAUUUCACUUUUUUCUAAAACUCUGGCUUAGGAUAUUGUCUGAUACUUAGGAGGCACUUAGUAAUGAAUGAGUGAGGAAAAACUAAGUAUAUAUUUAUUAUUCUCAUAUUGUAGAUGGAGAAAAUAAGGCUCAAAGAAGUUAUGUAACCUAGUAAAGUUCAUGUGCCCAGGACGUACAGAGCCCGAGACUUACAUCUUGGUGCAUCUGACCACCAAGACUUGGUUUUUGCAACUCUCUCUAAGCUGCUGUGGCCUCUGCUUCCUAAUUUUGGGAAACUGAGGUUAAAUAUAAAAGCAAGAGGCUUGAUGCAGGUCUCCUGUAAUCCUAAAAAUAAAACCAGCCAGCCACAGGCUCCAGGCUGCUGUUUUGGCUGUGAAGCUAUGUUUCCAUCAUAUUCAAAGGUUUCCAAAGACUGAGAUGGAAGGAACACCAGCAGUUAAGUAAAAGGUAUACAUUUAGUGCGAUCCAACACCACAUCAAGCCCUCAAGGCAGCCCUGGGCUCCCUCGGCCUUGUGGUCACCGAAUUAGGGGAAGCUGCUGAACUGGCUGUAUGUCCCGCCUUGUUAUUUGUGUCCUCCUGCAAUCCCCCGUCCUUUAAUACAGUCACCAACAAAUGCUGCUGUUGUUGUGUGCAAACAACCAAAUAAAUGGUGGAAAAACCCAAGGUUAGUAAUUUGUAGUUUGUUGUCACACAGCCAGUGGUGGUAUUAAAUCACUCUCUGUUUAAGUAAUCACUUUUCUCCACCAGCCCCCUGGGUCCUCCUCUGUGUGGCACUUAGAAUGGCCAGAUUAAGCUAUUUUAGUGACUGAGCAACCUACAUUUAUGUGCUGCCUGGAGCAGCAUUUUAUUUGUCCACAGUGCUGUCUAGUGGUCCUUUGAAUCACCUCUAAUCAUCAUAAUCAUCUUUUUUAUUCCUGUUUCCUUAACUGUGGAAAAUGAUCCUGUGACCCAUGCUAUAAUUAUGGAUAAUAAACACACUGUGAAAGAC